GUCGUGUCGCAUUGAUUUACCAUGUGCGUUUAGUAUGGUUAUACUUCAGAUCAAUUUUUUAAGAAAUUGUUUUGGUAUUAAUUACAAGUAAAACAAAAUGCAACACGACGACGUCGUAUGGAGUGUUAUUAACAAGACGUUUUGUUCCUUCAAAGUAAAUACGAAGACACAGAGAUUUUGCAGAAAUGAAUACAACCUUACAGGUUUAUGCAGUAGAUCUGCAUGUCCUCUUGCAAACAGUCAGUAUGCUACUGUUAGGGAAGAAAAUGGUAUCGUUUAUCUAUACAUGAGAACAGCAGAACGAAUCCACACACCUAAGGACAGUUGGGAGAGAGUCAAGUUGUCUAGAAAUUUUGAGAAGGCAAUACAGCAGAUCAAUGAAAAUCUGCUCUACUGGCCUGGCUUUAUAAAAGCAAAAUGUAAGCAGAGGUUUCUCAAAAUUACCCAAUAUCUCAUUCGUAUGAGAAAGCUCAGAUUGAGACGACAAAAGAAGAUAGUGCCAAUUCAGAGAAAGAUUGAGAGAAGAGAAAGGCGUAGGGAGGAAAAAGCUCUGACGGCUGCUAGAUUAGAAACUGCUAUUGAGAAACAACUUGUGGAAAGAUUGAAGAAAGGAAUGUACGAAGGUGUUUUCAAUCUAACACCGGGUAUAUUAGAAAAAGUUGUGCGAAAUGUUGGAGAGGAAAGUGAAGCAGAGAGCGAGCAGGAGGAAGAGAACGAACAAGAAAUAGAAAAGGAAGUGGAAAUGGAAUUGGAAAGAGAUGAGGGAGAAAUUGACGGUCCAUAUGUUGAGGCUGAUAGCGACGAUGAUGAUGAUGAUUAUGAUGAUGAUAACGACGAUCUUUCUAUGAAUGAGGAUAGUGACUCGGGACAGAAGGAGGAAAUUCAAUUGUCCGACAGCUUCGAAUCCGACGUCAGCGAUAUUGAGGACGUCGUCAAGCCAUCCACAAGCAGGAAGCAAAAGGCGCCAAAAGUUGUCAAACCAAGAAGAGCACAGAAAAAAUCGCGACCGAGAGUGGAAAUCGAAUACGAAGUGGAAGACACCCGACAAAGAGAACGAGCUUAAUUCAAUUGUAUUAUAUAAAUAUUAUAACUAUGUUUAUAAUAAAAAUUAUUCAAUUUU